UGUGAAUUGCCUUGAAACUAGUAAAUUUGGCGCCCGUUUCCUUGUUUUUGGAUAUAAAUAAUACGAAAUGAGUGCGUUAAUAUUCUGAAAUAAAGAAUCUGCUCACCCUUACAGGCGGUAGGAGGAUUUUGUAGUGUUGUUACAUCAGGUGUUUGUCAGUAUUAUCAAAGUUGGGAAAGGAGUGAAACGCUUGCAGGACCAUGAGUGAGCUGGAGCAGUUGCGGCAGGAGGCAGAGCAGCUGCGCAAUCAGAUCAGAGAUGCCAGGAAAGCAUGCAGCGACUCCAGCCUGUCCCAGAUUACAGCUGGUCUGGAUUCAGUUGGAAGGAUCCAGAUGAGAACGAGGCGGACGCUCCGAGGCCAUUUAGCCAAAAUCUACGCCAUGCACUGGGCUACUGAUUCUAGGUUACUAGUUAGUGCCUCACAAGAUGGCAAACUCAUCGUUUGGGACAGCUACACCACAAACAAGAUUCAUGCCAUUCCAUUAAGGUCAUCAUGGGUGAUGACUUGUGCCUACGCUCCCUCAGGGAAUUAUGUAGCCUGCGGAGGCCUGGACAACAUCUGCUCAAUCUAUAGCCUUAAAACCCGUGAGGGCAACGUCAGAGUCACCAGAGAACUUCCUGGACACACAGGUUAUUUGUCGUGUUGUCGCUUUCUGGAUGAUAGUCAGAUAAUCACCAGCUCUGGAGAUACUACAUGUGCUCUGUGGGACAUUGAGACUGGUCAGCAGACCACCACAUUCACAGGGCACAGUGGAGAUGUGAUGAGCCUGUCUCUCAGCCCAGACUCUAGGACCUUUGUGUCAGGUGCCUGCGACGCGUCCUCGAAGUUGUGGGACAUCCGAGAUGGAAUGUGCAGACAGUCUUUCACGGGACAUGUUUCUGAUAUAAAUGCUGUCAGUUUCUUCCCAAAUGGUAAUGCGUUCACCACAGGCUCGGACGAUGCCACUUGUCGUUUGUUUGACCUUCGCGCAGACCAGGAACUGAUGAUGUAUUCGCAUGACAACAUUAUAUGCGGCAUCACUUCUGUGGCCUUCUCUAAGAGUGGCCGCCUGCUGCUCGCUGGCUACGAUGACUUCAACUGUAAUGUAUGGGAUACUCUAAAGGGAGAGCGUGCAGGUGUUCUAGCUGGGCAUGACAACAGGGUCAGCUGUUUGGGGGUAACCAGUGAUGGCAUGGCUGUGGCCACCGGUUCUUGGGACAGCUUCCUUAGGAUAUGGAACUGACCUCACUGGGUUGGACUUCGGGAGCCACUCUUUCUGAUCACACAGUCACUGUAGUCCACCGCUGCCACACAGGACCCUUCUCCUCCAUCUCCUCCUCCUAUAGAUGACCUAGUUUUCUUCAUCUUCUCUCUUUCUUAGAACGCUUUAUCCCACCAUCCUGCAGUCAGUCAAAGAGGUGAGGACCAACAGCGAAGAGCCUCCACUGGCUCUCUGUCUUUCUGGCUUCACGUCUGACUCGAGGUGGGGGACAGACUGUCUUGUGUACAGUAUAUAUCUGCCAUUCUUUGUGCUUGUAUGUAUAACAUAUGCACUUCUGACAGUGUUUGGAUGUUCUGGUGUGUGGAUACUCGUUAUGGGUGUCUUAACUGUCCCUGUUUUCUUUUCCUGAUUAUUAUUAUUUUUUCUCUUUGUCCCCAAUCACAGUGCUAUUUGCCAAACACAGUGGCCAACGUAAUUAACCAAGGGAUUAGGCUGCCACAGUAUUGUAGGUCAUAAGUGUUUGACCCUCAACCUUAAUUUAGUUUGCAUCAGGUAGCAUCAGUGUUAGGUCUAUUCUUUCAUAAAUGGUUCAGGCUCAGCUUGGUAAUGUGUAGUUGUGAGAGAAACACUGAUGCCAAUGAGCUUGUGUUUGCCAUCCUCUAAGCUUGACAGUAAUGUUUGGCGUGUUUCAGUGUAUUAAACUGUAUUACAGACAGCACAGAAGGAUUUACCAUAAGCCUGUCUGUCCAUCUGUCUUUACUAUCACUAGAUAUACUAUCUGAGAUUUCCUGCUUUUCAUAUUUAUUUGGCUAGAUAUAUGAUACAUAUAUGGUUAAAGGGAUAGUUCAUCCACAAGUGUAAUUUGUUGUCAUUUGCUCACCCUCAUAUUGUUCCCAACCUGUAUGACUUUGAUUUUAACAGAAAAAACAAAAGGAACAAUUCUAAAGACGACUGUGCUAUUUUCCAGUAAAUCACAAUAUACGAGUAAUGAUGCAUUUAUGCUUAAUGGAUACAAAAACCCCUUAAAACCGAUAUGCAGGUAUUCCGGAUGACUCUACAUUCCAAGUCGUCUGAGGACGUACAAAAUAAUGAGUGAGAAACAGACUGAAAUUUAAAUUGGUAAUCUAAAUUUAGCCACUUAAUCCAGAUUGAGUAGGCUGAAUGAACUCAUGAGGUGAAUCAGUAUGAAACAUUUCAUUAACACUCCAAGGAGACCUGUUGCAUAUGUUACAGUUUUCAUUGAAUUAUGACUUUGGUCUGUUAUUCACAAAAAUUUGUUGUAUGUCUUCACAAGACAUGGAGUGGUACACCUAUCAUAUGGGCCACUUUCGUGGUGAUUUUACAUGUGUGGACGCACAAAAAUCAUAUGGUUUUGGAAUAACUUGAGGGUGAGUAAGUGAUGACAUUUUAAGCAAAACUAUUUCUGGAAAGUUUAAGGUUAAGCCUUUUGUUUUAAUUCAAACACCAAGCAUGGCCUUGAUGCUUUGUGAGACUUUGCCAUUGCUGAGCAGGCUGGAAUUGCAACCUGAUACCUAACAAGAGGCCUUGGUCACUGCCACUCUGACAUUGUCUGCCUUUCUACACACUAUGACCACCUGCCCUUCAGAGAUGAAGACCUAGCUAGGACUGUAUGCUUUUGCACUAGAAAAUAGUCACGUGAGACUGCACACACUGGUGUUUCUGCACGUAUUUGAAUUAAUGUGCUUCAGCUCUGACAAAAAAGCUGAAAGAACUGUCAUGGACCACAAGCUACACUGUGCGUAUUUAGUCACAAAUGUGUAUUGAAGGUAUAAAGCCCUCUGUCUGUUUCUGUAAAACGACAACAACAAAAAAGCAAGCCUUAAAAGUAAGUCAUAUUUCACUUGAACCAUCAGUAAUCACCUUAAAUUUGUGCCAGUCAGUGUGAAUAAAUGUACGGGCUGGCUUUGUGAGCAUAUACAAAUCUGUACAAAGGUUAUGCUUUUCAUUGUGGUUGUUUAGUUUUGGGCAUUUUUUUAAGGCAAGUUUUUGACAUUAAUGAUACUUGCAAAAUUAAUCAUCCAUUUACAAUACCAGAUUGCAUUCAGUAUUCUGUAUUGUUUUGUGUUAUUUCAGGUGUUUAAUAUAUGACAUUACUGUUCAUCAGGUAAAUUUCAUUUCAAUCAUGCAGUUACUUAUGAUAUGAAAGGACAUCCAACAAAUGUGGAAGUUAUGAUCCUCCUGUUUUGAGUGUUUACAAGAUUUAGGCGGUUAAGGUACAAGAAGAACUUUGCAAAGUGCAAUGAAGGCAAAAAGUGUUUUAAGCUGAAUUGAUUUAGUAAAACCAACAUAAUUCAUAUGACAUCCAAUUCUCCUCUUAUAGGUGUUUAAUUGACUUGAAGGAAUGUUCCAGUCUCAAUACAAUAGAAGUUCAAUACAAUCAACAAUGUACGGUACACUUACAAGUAAAUUAACUCAUGCCUUUUUUCUGGGAAAAUGAGGCACUUGCAAUUACAAUAAAUGGUGUACAGCAUAUGUGACCCUGGACCACAAAACUUGUGUGGAACGGGUAUAUUUGUAGCAAUAGCCAAAAAUACAUUGUAUGGGUCAAAAUGAUCGAUUUUUCUUUUAUGCCAAAAAUCAUUAGGAUAUUAAGUAAAGAUCAUGUUCCAUGAAGAUAUUUUGUAAAUUUCCUAGCAUAAAUAUAUUAAAACUUAAUUUUUGAUUAGUAAUAUGCAUUGCUAAGAACUUCAUUUGGACAACUCUCAAUAUUUAGAUUCCAUAUUUUCAAAUGGUUGUAUCUCGGCCAAAUAUUGUCCGAUCCUAACAAACCAUACAUCAAUAGAAAGCUUAUUUAUGUAUAAAUUGACCCUGGUUUUGUAGUCCAGGUUCACAUAUGUGCACGUGUAAAUUUGGCGGUUAUAUUUGUAUUAUUUGGGUUUUGUAAAUUGUCAUUACCAACAUCAUUUCUGUGUAUUUUUUUUAUUUUAUUUUUUUUAAUUUUCCUAUAAAUGUCCUCUUGAUUGAGUUUACUGACUUUAUAGUCAUUACAGGAGAUGAUAUUGCUAUGACUUAACACAUAUGUGCAACUUUAGUUGCUAUACUUUUAAAUGUUUUUUUUUUUAGUGUUUAUUGAUUUUGUUCAAAUGUCUUCAUUUAUCCAUGAUUGUUGCUUUUUGUAUGUUUGUGAAGACUAAUACGAUUGACCUUAACUCGUAUUGAAUCCGGAACAUUCAUUACAUUGAAUUUGCCAGUUAGUCCAUAAAGUUCAUGAACAUGACCGUAGGGAACAAGCAACAAAAUAUCCUAUGGAUAUUUCAGCUAGCUUACUGAGCCUUAUCCUAUGGAUAAGAUCAAACACUGUGCUAGCAAUACCACAAUCCACUGACUCGGAGGAAAAAAAACAACUUGCUUCUUAACAGUUUACAAAAACCUUAACGGUAUAAAAAAUCAUGCAUGGCCUUUAAGUUAGAACUUGAGAAUUAAAUCAGCGGUUACCAACUGUGAAAAUGAUUGUAAAUCUUAAGUGUUAGAACUAUCGUAUUAAAUGAUGCAGCUUAUAUUAUCCA